AUGUCCAUGGACAAGGAGAGGCUUGACAACAGCCUACGUGAAUUGCAGGAAUUUAAAUUCCUUACCCGGUAUGGGGACAUUGCUGGGCUUGUAUGGAACGAUUUGAAGGUGGCCGAUGCGCGAUUGCCCAUUUCCUCGGACAAGCCACAGGUAUCACUCCCGCGGACGGCUAUCGACAUAAUCCAAAGGAUACGGGAGGAGCAAGGGCUCACGGAGGGUGACCCCGUGUGGCCUGAGUUCAGCGAUGCGAGAAGGGAGAUGGGUCGGUACGGGACUCACCUGAUCGUAUUGGCAUCAUACCUCGUACACCGGAUGGAUAUCGAGACAGUCGUCUUCGCGGUCGAAGUAUACGCCAAUCGGAACCAGAUAUGUCACUGGGCGAGACCGGAUCCAAAGGCCGAAGGCCUCGACAAAUCCGUGGCGGCGGAACUCUUUGUCCAGGCCCUCGACAAAGACCGAGCCGACCUCGAGUCCGAACUCCCCGACAAUUGGUCCGAUCAUAAGGGGAAAUGGGGCAUUCUCAUCGACCAUUUUCAGACGUCCAAGGUACAGAAGUCCGGCGAGGGGCUAUGGGAGGUCAAGGACACUGGCUCUGGUGCCGUUAGCGCCGAACCGGAGGCCCGCCAUCCAUCCGCCGCGGAGUUCGCCAAAAGGGGCCGAUCUUUUUCGGACCCUUUCCAGUAUAUGCCUGGCACUCUUGGCGCCCUUCUGGACGUCACGGGUCCUAUAUCGACAAAAGGCGAAUCUCCUGACGAUGUGAAGGAGGAAGUUUCUGGACCGGCUGCGAAGACACCAACAUCCGGAGAGAGGGAGAUGCAAGCGAGGUUAAACCUUGCAAAGCAUUUCCUCAAUGCGAGGACAAAAAUCGCCAGCAAAUGCAAAGGUAAUGCCGAGGAGGUUAAGAGCCACUUCGCCAUUUUCCUGACGGAUGCCCUGGCCAAGCUUAAGCAAGGUGCCACCAGGCUGCGGCGCAAGGUCCUGAAGGCGAGAGCCUAG